CAAAUGCUCUCAGAACGAACACCACUUUAACUUCCUUGAGUCUCGGUUUUACUGACAACAAAUGCCUUAGAAACAUUAAGCGCAACAUUAUUGAUGAUAUAGGUGUAAUGGCAUUCUCACAUGUCCUUGAAAUUAACAAUACUUUGACUACGUUGGACGUUUCAGGGAAUUAUAUUGGCCCCAAUGGGGUAGAGUCAUUGUCAUACGCCUUGAUGACAAAUAAUGAUUUAAAACUUUCUCUAAAUCUUAGUUCGAACAAUCUUGAUUCAGAAGGAACAUUAAUCCCGUUGAUUGAUGUCCUUAAAAAUACAUCAACAUUAACCGCAUUGAAUCUUUCAUCGAAUCAACUACAUUCUAACGAUAGAUAUUUAUUAUUAAAGUCACUUGAAGAAAAUGAAUCCCUAAUUUCUUUAUAUCUUAUAAAUACUCAACUUAGCCCUGAGGAUGGGAAAACAUUAGCAAGUGCACUUUACAAUAAUUUUACUUUAACUACUUUAGACAUCUCGCAUAAUAUGAUUGGUUUAUAUGGAGGGAAAGCAAUAGUAAAUGUUCAUGAUAGAAAUAAUACGUUAAAAUUUUUAAAAAUUUCACACAAUAAUCUUGGUUUUCAAGGA